GAGGAACAUCAUAUGCCGGGUCAAUUGACCAGCUAUUACAUUGUUUCGCUAUCUUCAAGUCAUAUUUUUAUUCGGCAUUAUUGAUUUAUUUAAUUUUUUCUGUUGAAAUAUUGCAUUUGACUUUCGCUGCGGGUCAGCGUGUCAAAGUUCAGUCUAAAUGGUCCUCAAGAAAUAUGAAUUAGAGGCCACUCUCCAUGCGGAGAAACGCGAGAUUUCCAAUGGCCGAUUAAAAGAUGAGAAUCCGCUCGAUGUCAGCAAAGGGUUCCAGGAAAUGUGUGGAGCUUGUCGGCGUGGAGACCUCAAGCGCUGCCAAGAACUCAUCACAGAUGGUGUAAAUAUAAAUGCGAGGGAUGAAUAUGAUUAUUCCCCCCUAAUUCUCGCAAGUCUCUGCGGUCAUUAUGAAGUUGUGCAGCUGCUUCUGGAAUCUGGCGCUUUAUGCGAGCGAGAUACAUUUCAAGGCGAGCGAUGUCUCUACAAUGCAUUAAACGAUCGGAUACGAAAUCUGUUACUCAAAUACGAUUAUUCCAAGUCCACGGAUCCAUUGCAGCCAUUGGCCUCCCAUAUCACGUCGCUCUUGAUCAGAACUCACCCAAAGACGUCUGACAUCACACUAAGCACAUCAGGCGGUGCGCUCAAUCUUCAUAAGUUCAUCUUGUCCGCGCGCUCCCCAUAUUUCAGGAACAAGCUUGCAAGUACACCUGAAUCGAAUGGCUGGAAGCUGUCUAGUGCUAUCCCUCCGCUUGCGUUUGAUAUCGUGAUUCGAUAUCUUUAUCUCGGAGAGAUUCCGCUGGAUCUGAGUGGCAUUUGUGAAAGCGAUGAGGAAGAGAAGACACUGGUGGCAGGAAUCGACAAGCUAAGCAAGCAACUUGGGCUUGAAACCUUGUUGGAUAACAUCUUGGGCGGUGGAGACAGGCGUCUGGCUCGCCAACGCCGUACGGAGGAAGUGACCCGAGGACGUGACCAGCUUGAAGAGUGGUUCAGAGAACACGUGCUCAAGCACAAGGUGGUCACCAAUACCAGAAACGCAGAUGAUGUCCGUUGGGAUCGCGACAAUGCCAUAUUUGCAGAUGUUCUUCUUCGAGCAGACGCCGAUGUCGAUACCGAUGAAGAAGAGCUUGACGGGAAUAUCGAAAGUGUUGGCCCAGAACAAAAGGUUCGGACCACCGAUGGCCCACUGAAUGGCAUUCCUGUGGGUCCCGUAAGGGACCCUUCGCCACCACCGGAGCACCAUUCAUAUCCGCGAACAUCGACUCUAUUUCCCGUUCAUCGUGCGAUGCUUCUCAGAUCUGACUUCUUUUCUGCAAUGUUUUCGUCCACAUUUCGGGAGGCACAAGAUACGUCCCAUCUGCAGAUAAUACCAAUCGACUGCUCACCGGAGGUAUUAGAGAUUGUAUUAUAUUUUAUUUAUACGGAAAAGGCCGAGUUCCCCCUGGAUUUAGCAAUCGAUGUGCUUUUUGCAGCGGACCAACUUUUCCUCGAGAAGCUCAAGGUCAAAGCAGCAACAGUUAUCAGCACACUCGGAAACGGAACAAUGACCGUUGUUGAGUCUGAUAAUCCCCGAGGGAUGUCGAACGAGACCGAGCCAGAAAUUGACAUCUACGAUGUGAUUCGGGCAGGGUGGCUGACCCGUGUCCAUCGGUUGGAAGAGUUUGCCGCCAGAUAUUUAGCAUAUAGGCUAGAGUACUACAUCGACGAGGAGGAAUUCGCAGAGCUUAUCCGCGAAAGUGCAGCGCGAAUCAAAGCGAGACAGGAGACGGACAGUAUCGAAUUGUUGGAUGAUAUUCGAUACUAUCUUUCUGAACGUUUCAGACUACGAUUUGAAGACUCUGGAAUUGACGAGAUGAUUGAUGCAACGGCUGGCGAUGAAUCGGAUCUGGUUGCGGCCCAGAACCCUGACUUCAAAUUGCCCGAUGACGAAGGGGUAGACCUCAAGGGCCCAGAUGAUACCUCUCAAGAACCAAAGAAGCCAGAUCUCACUUCUGAAGGGGCCAAUGCCUUUGAUUUCAGUGGCGUUUUGAGGACGCUCGAUGGGCAGGUCACUGGGGAUGAAUUUUCGACAGAUGCUCAGAAUUACCGUAUCCUACUUGGUAAGAUUGAUACACUGUUGGAAAGACUGAAACUUGAUGCUUGAAACAAGUAUUGUAGAGAGUAUUUGAUCAUUCUCCUCAUUGUGGCUCUCGGGACCACUUUGUGGAUCAAUUUGUCCGUACAUAGGUCAUUCUAGAAUAUAGAUUUUCAAGCAAGAGUCUUAUUUUCAUUCCCAAAAAC